UCUCUCUCUCUCUCUCUCUCUCUCUCACACACACACACACACACACACACACACACACGCUCUGUCUGAUCGAAAGAGAGAGAGGGGAGGUUGAUGAAGAAGAAGCAGUGAAGGACCGAUCAGGGUAAAGGGGGGUCUUAUUUUGCUCGGAGCGGAAAAGGCGUCACAGAGGAAGAGAGGGGGGGGCAUCAUGCAGAGAGAGAGAGAGAGAGGGAGAGAGAGAGAGAGAGAGGGAGAGGGAGGCGACAGCGGCUCGUAAACACGACAGAAAAACGGAGAAUAGGACGGGAGAAAAGCACCGAUCACCCCCCACCUCAAAACCGAGCACCUCCAUCUCCGACGUCUCCAUCUCCAUCCCUUUGCGCGCGACUCGUUUCCGCUUUCUGUGUCGGGUUGAAGAGGAGGAGGAGGAGGAGGCUGAGACAUCCCACUGCAGGUCCCGAUCCUGGGGGUGAAAACAGCUCCGCAAAGACCCGCUGCAGGUCCACAAACACAGCGAGAGGACCGCGAAGACCGCCCCCCUCGCCCCCCUCCCCGGCCUCUGGUGAUCCAGCCGGCAUCAGCAGCACCAUGGCUUAGCGGCAGCAGCAUCCGCAGAAACACGAGCAGCUCCACCCGGAUCCUCCACCAUGAAGCUCUGAAAGACAUCCGACACAGGCACAGAUGGGCAGCUUGCGGCAGCAGUAGCAGAGGCAGCGCCCGGUGACAUGUUGGAGUAGUUUCUGCAGACAUGUCGUGCCCGCGGGUACUCUGUGUGAUGAAAAUGCGGCGGCACAGGGUGUUCCUGCUGUGCACGGUGGGGCUGUGCGUCAUCUCCUUCCUGCAUUACUACAAGGCCCUCCAUUACGUGUCCCUGCUGCGAGAGCUCUCCGCCCCCUACCCCAACAUCAAGUCCUUCAUCAUGGUCACCGGCUUCUUCUGGAGGGAGAAGGGCGUAGGCAGCACCUCAAUUAGCCCCGCCUCCCCCGAAGAGGCCCCACCCCUUCCCGUCCUCCGCCAACUGGACACCAAAGCUAGAGCGGUGGCGGGCGACGGAGGGGUCGGAGGACUGGGGAUUGGGGGGGUAUUGGUAGGAGGGGACGGUAUCAUCGGCAAUGCAGGGCUGGAGGUGAGGUUGAGGGAGCAGCCGGCAGCCCCUCACCCAUGGGAGAAACCAGGAGAUAACCAGCGGGGGGACAAUCCCAUUGAGGAGAGAGCUGAAGACCAUUUGAAUCCAAGAAACCCAAUCCACCCAGCCCAGCCUGCAGGGCCGGACCUCCCGGAGGCCCCCUUGGCGGGGAAGCACCACCAGGACUUGUUGCACAAGAAUCUGAUGCCUGACCCCUUAAAGUCCAUGGGAGACCUCCACACCCGCACUCAUCAGCUCUUAAAUGACAGAACAGCUUUCUUUGUCCGAACCAAAGCCGGAGCCCUUUGUUUCAGGCAGGGGACGGAGGUGGCCACCCAAAAGGAGUACUCUGGGAAAACUCGGGGGGCAUUGGCUCACGGGGCAGGGGACGGUGCUCGCGCUGCUGGGCAAAGGAAGCCUCUGGAGGUCCAGCCGCAGCCCUCCGUCAAUCCUAAAGCCAAGAUCAGAGCCAGAGGCAACGGGAAGCGGCUGGUGAAGUGUGUGUGUCGGCCGGGGUGGCACGGACCGUACUGCGGGGUUCCCACCAUGGUGUACCACUCCAACCUGCCCACCAAGGAGCGGCUGACGCCCAGAGAGACCCCGCGGAGGGUCAUCAACGCCAUCAACGUGAACCACGAGUUCGACCUGCUGCACGUACGCUUCCACGAGCUCUCCCAGGCAGUCGACCUUUUCCUCGUCUGUGAAUCCAACUUCACUGCCUACGGGGAGAGAAGGCCUCUGAGUUUCCUGCGGCUCCUGCUCAACGGUACGUACGACUACAUCCGUCACAAGAUCCUGUACGUGUUCCUCGAUCACUUCCCCGAAGGCGGUCGACAGGACGGCUGGAUCGCGGACGACUAUCUGCGGACCUACCUGACGCGCAACGGCUUGUCCAGGGUGACGGGUUUGAGAUCGGACGACGUCUUCGUCAUCAACGACGCAGAUGAGAUCCCAGCGCGGGAGGGCCUCCUCUUCCUCAAACUGUUCGACGGCUGGACGGAGCCCUUCGCCAUCCAUAUGCGCAAGUCGCUGUAUGGGUUUUUCUGGAAGCAGUUCGGCUCUCUGGAGGUGGUGUCAGGCUGCACGGUGGGGAUGCUCCGAGACGUCUACGAUGGCGAUGGUAUCAAGCUCCGCCGCCGCGAGUACUACACCAUGCCGGGAUUCCGCAAGUACGAGAACGACACGGGCCACAUCCUGGUGCAGUGGUCAGUGGGCAGCCCCUUCCACUUCGCCGGCUGGCACUGCUCCUGGUGCUUCAGGCCCGAGGGGAUCUACUUCAAGCUGGUGUCGGCUCAGAACGGAGACUUCCCGCGGUGGGGGGACUACGAGGACAAACGUGACCUCAACUACAUCCGGGAUCUGAUCCGGACGGGGGGCUGGUUCGAUGGCUCCCUUCAGGAAUACCCCCCCGUGGACGCCAAAGAGCACAUGUACGCCCCAAAGUAUAUGCUGGAGCACUAUGAACGGUACCGCUACCUCCUGGAGAACCCUUACAGCAAAUCAUCCAAACAGAGCGAGGGCUAGGAGUGCUGCAAGAAUAAGACACGUGACAUAACUAGUAGGACCCGAAUGAGGCCUCGGCACUGAGUUUUGGGGGUGAAACGGUACUGAAGAACUACAUCUCUCAUUGCAGCGAUACUACGUGUAUCACCAGGCAGCACUGAUGUUGCAAUCUCUUAAAAAUAUUAUUUUGGGGUGAAAAAAGGGAUCACUGAACCGCAUCGUCCUUGGACUUACAGAGAGAUCGUUGAGAGGAUACAACCACUGGAUAAACAACAUCAUAGAUUUCCUCAUCCCUCCCUUUUUUGGGGGAGGAGCCAAGCUGUCUCUCUUUCUGUCACCCUGUCCUCUCUUCCUUCACCUGAGCUGAUUGGAGGAAAUAGAGGACGGGUUCUACAGAUCCGAGUGGAGAUACUUAGACGUGAGGAGUUGUUUUUGUUCUGUCUGUGUUUACUAAAGUUUACGGCUGAUGUUCCCACUUCUUUCUCCCACUUCAGACGUCUUCCUGUUCAUAUUUUCCUUCCAGAGACGGACAUGUCUUACGUUAUUCUUGGGUCUCAGUAGAUCAGUAUAACCCCCAUCCCGCCCCACUGAAGGACCCACUGCCAAACAAAAGGAAUGAAUCCAUGGAAAUGUCUCAAUGUCCACAUGCACCUUGUGUGUUUGUCAGAAAGUGUGUGUGUGUGUGUGUGUGUGUGUGUGUGUGUGUGUGUGGGGUCUAUAUUCAUGUCAUACUGCGUGGUAUACCGCCUGUGAAUGAGGAAACAGAAAGAAUCAUGGGGGGGAAGAAAGGCAGAGAGAUGGGAAAACAGAAGGCGGGAAAGAAAGCGGCGUACUGAGCGGCGAUGAAAGGGAAAGAAAAAGGAGGCUCUCUCUCUCAACGCUUUGCCACAGUGUCUGCUGACGCACCAGUGUGUCAGGGAUGACUGAUCUGAACCUGUGUGUGUGUGUGUGUGUGUGUGUGUGUGUGUGUGUAUGCGUGUGUGUGUGUGUGUCGGCUCUGAAUAAAUCAUACCUGGUCGAUGGCAUAUGAGCCGGAUGAAACUCGCCGUCAUUGUUUGUCCGAUGAGCGAAAUCGAGAAAGGCACGAUGGCCCUUCAGUUUCGUCUUUCUGCGAGCGAGAGGACUUAGUUCCCUUGGAAACUAAAGUAGAGUGUGUGAGACGGGUUGGGUGUUUGGAGUUGAGUGGGUGGGUGCUCUCCAGGCGGCGUUCAAACCAGGUCUAUGCAGACCGAGGUUCCCCUUAGUUAAAUAUUCCUCUCCCCGCUCGACGCCCACUCUCUGAAAACGACUCUUUCUUUCUGUUUUAUGCUGCUGAGUGUCCUCUUUCUCUCCUCUUAAUCCCAUAACAAGGCCUUUUUUCUCCAUUCAAUUAAGUUAUUACAUUACAUGUCAUUAAGCGGACACUUUUACCCUAAGCACUUCAAUACCGUAGACAUCAGGAGCAGUUUUGGACUCUUUGACUCGCUGUAUUUUCCCCCCCGAGCCACAGCUACUCUCUCUUUACUUUUGGGACUGGCUCGUUAGAAAUCUGGCAGAUGUUGCACCGGCGCAUUUGCAAGAUAAUUAUGUGUUUAUGUCUAAAAGUUGGGUGGGUAAUACGCCCUCAUAAUAUCAAGUUUUGAGCCCCCUCGUUGACAAAUAGCUAUCCAAAUAAAUAUUAGCUAUUUUCUCAGAAUCGUGAGAUAUUUUGCUUUAUCUUUGGAGAACAAACACCGAGAGCAUAUCAUUGGAAAGCUAAGAAGCUCCUCAUUCCAACAGUACACAUCACUCAGGGUCAGUGAGACUGGUUUUUAAAGAGCAGGUUACUGAUCUGCCUCUAUGUUCACUUUUCCCCUCUAGACUUCAUUUUGGGCGUGUAUCUCUUUCCUCUUAAUCCUCCUCUUGAUUUCAAAACGGAUGUAUUUACAUUCUUCAAACCCUCAUUUCUAUCGCCGUGUCUCGACAGGAAAGGGAAGUAACCCUAGCGAUGCCCACAUUGUUUGGCAGAAGUUUACGAAGUUGUGAAUAAUUGUGGCGAGCGUACUUCUCUUUGUGGGUGUGUAGUGUGUGCUGGGUGUACUUAUCAAGGGCGAGGGGAAAGUUAAGACUCAGAAGAGUAUGAAACAAACUGGUUUGUCUUUUAAAUGCAGAUUGACUGCGUCCACCAUCUGCUUCAACAUGUCUGCGCUUUAGUGUUAUUGUUUACCAGCAGCGAAGAGGAACACACAGUUUGGAGUUAGGGAACUUCAUUUUCUGCAAGGCGAGGACAGGAUUGAGUAUACUUUAAGAGCUGAAGAUGCUUUAAUUUGACUUGGAAACAAGACUCUUAAGCUGUUCUUCUUUGCUUGAAAUGUCCUUGAGCAAGACCCACAUCCUGCUUCAGUCCUUUUGCACAACCUUAAAAUGCAUGAUAAGUCGUCCAAUGCAAAACAGGUCACCAGGCGGAAAUGUGUGCCUACUAGUUUCAAGAUUUGAAGAUGUUUGCAAAGGAAAUCUGGAGUCUUCGACACACAAUCUACUCAAUGUGUGAGCAUUUCUGAGUAUAGCUUGCUUACCACACCUUCUCCCCUGUGGAUGGGAGCUGAUAUUUGGAAAGCAGAUCAUCCAGCAGGCGGCUGACAGUUGUGCACUGCGGCCUCGGCGGUCUGCGGCGGCAGCUGUUCGGGGUUUGUGUUGUUGGUGUUGAGAGCCAAACUCCCAUCCAAACCCAGAGGGGCUGCAGAGAUACAAGCUUUAAAUAGGAUUUGACACCAAAAGACAGAGGAGGCGACGACAGUGCAACGCAGCCAUGAUGAGUCCUAGUGUUCAUAGUUUAGAUUUAUUUAUAUAAAACCAUAGAGGGAUGAUGCGUCUGAAAGGUAACCGUGGAUCAUUUCAGGGAUGUACAAUCAUGAAUCAGGCAGUAAUUGCUGGUCGUGAACAAUCGUACUAGCUGAUUUUGUGGCCAUGCUUUGGAAUUUGAAAGGGAUAUAGCUUGGAAUACAUCCAAUAAAAAAGUAUGAGCCUUUGUAGAGAAAAUCUCAUCCAUAGAUUCUGGUCUGAGCAGCAAGAAACUGACCAAAUGAUUUAAUGAAACAAACCAAAAACCCCCCUCUGGCUUCGAGGCCUCACCAGGUCCAGACGGUUCUCUCUAACGUGUUGCUACGUGUUUAUACUUUACUGCUAAGCGUUAUCUCAGAAAUGUUGAAUCCCACAAAGGCCAGAGGAGUGUUUAGAGAGAGGCGUUACUAGGAGUUACCUCCCAGCCCUCUGCUGCAGGGUGUGUGUGUGUCUCUAUGUCUUUAUGUGUGCAUUUUUCUAAUAGUUGUGACUCACGCCAGAUAAGGGUCUCUGGCCUGCUGAAAGAGGGUUACUUCACUCGGCCUGUUGCCUCGAUAUCAUCAUGGCAAAGAUCCCAUUGGUUGACUUCUGAGAUCCCUCACAGCCGGAGGUCAUCAGACAGCCUGCCGGAGGGUGAAAUGUGAGAGAGAGGAUGAGGGUGAGAAAUCAAAGAACAGAUUUUCGCUAAAUCAAAAAAACACUCCGGUUUAGUUUCAAGAAAAUGCAAAACCUCUCAGUGCUGAGUCUUGGUUAGUAAAUGUCUUCAGAGAAAAACAUGCAAUGUGCAAAGCUGUAACUUGCUCUCACACCUUUGUUGCAUUAAUUGAACUGACUUAUGACCCAGGAGCACGGCUAAUAGACGGCACUUCAGAUAUUGAGCCAGGAAUAAAACAACGAUGAGAAAAAGUGAUUUUGUCUUCAAUCUGAUCAAAAAGUGGCAAGCGUCCAGGAUUGAUGAACGGACACUUAUAUCCAAAAUUCAGAUUGUGGGAAUAAUCCAUCCCUGUCUUAUUGGACGGAUAUGCAUAAGGGAAAAAGAAAUACCGUGACUCGUUCACUUAGAUUAGGUAAGGUCUUGGCGGUGAUUGAAAAGCUUCCCAACCCUAAAACCCUAACCCUAACCCCAGAUGAAGGACCAGCACAUCGUCACUGCUAAUGAAACCAUCGACAGUUCAAACUAAAACCCAGAUCAAUGAUGAUUGGAGCAAAUUUGGUUUCAAGAGUCCUGCAUUAAGGGUUGAUGAACAGCGACUCCAAUCCAGAAAAAUACCUUCUGGAACUAAUCCGUGCUCCGCUGUUCUUGUGCUAUUGUUGGUGGGGGAGGAGAGAGGUACCAAUCUGGACGUAAACACCUUUAAAUGUUCACUGGGAUUAGGUAAAGUCAUCCUGGCGUCCAACUAAACCCUAACCCCAGAGUUCAGAUCAAACAACAACCUGUUCAGAGACGAUCGGAGCGAUGAUUGAACCUCGUUAUGGAUUCGAAGGCCAGCCUGUGUCUUGCUCAAGGACACUUCAGUAGAUUGUAACCCAGAAGGUCUGACUGAUGGCCUGGGGCCUGCUGUAGCUGUUUCUCAGGAUCGGACAGAGAAAUCGAUGAAGCGGUGGGAAAGGAAAUAUCUGCAGCCUCCAAACACACCCUCUGCAGACAGGUCUGGAGCGGCGUUGCUAGGAAACGGCUCUAAGAUGUCUUUAUUACCAUUCCAGUUAUUGAUAUCGACAGUAACCUGCAAGGUCAGCGUUUGAGACUGAGCAUGUUGUCCAAAUGUUCAUUGUGUGCCACAGCAUCCAGAGAGCUGAGGCGGGAACAUGUACUGCAAUAAUGGGUUCAUUUAUUUAUCAACUCUGGUUAUUUUUGCAAUUUUAUGAAGAGUUCUAACCGGAUGCUUCGAUGAUCUAUAGCACUUUAUGCAACUCAGUAACGUCUUUUUGCUUCACCGUCCCUUCUUGGUAGUUGUUGACAUAUUCUAAACCCCCAACAUCAAUGUAUUAUGCACUUUGUUCGUUAUAAAUCCAUAGUCUUUAAGCCCCAUUCUGACAAUAUUGUUACUAAGCUGUUAUCAAGCGCAAUACAAAUGAGUUUUCCGCUUAGAUUCCCCUUGACUUGCAGUCAUAAUAAGUGGUGGACUGUGCAAACACAGCCUCCUUCUUUCAUGUAGUUGGACCACCUUUUUGGAAAGGUUGAUAGUUGCCUGUUGAUAUCAAAGUCUUUCUGAAUGUCCCCGCCUCUUGUGUGGCAUGCGUCUCUACCACAGACUGUAGAAUCGUUGGUUUGGUCUUCAUGCACAGAGCUGGACAUGUGUCAAAUGCAGUAAAACAAACAAUCUUGAAGCAUACUGUGAACCUGCUCCUGAAUCCUGAAUAUUAUCGGCAUAUCCAGCGUGUCUUCACGUGAACAUCUUCCAGAACAAGGCUUCAUUCUGAAUAUCUAAACAAUUGACAUGACCCACAUCAAACGAUAUCAAUGAGGUCAUGUUUGGUGUGUUAGAGUGCAUGUAAACGCAGUCAUUAACAGCCUCGAACACCCCCAUUAUGAGCCCUCCCCUCCUCUCAGCACGCACUAACCAUGCACACAUGUUUGUAGCAUUGAGCACGUGUGUUUAUCCUGCACAGAUGUGUGUCUCCAGGGCUGCCCCCCCCCCCCCACACACACACCACCACCACCACAAUCAACCCCCCCCCAUCUGUUGUUUUGCUUGCAGAGUGGCUGCUUGUCUAUGGGGCUUAAAUGCCUUCACGGUUCUGGCCCCCCGCCAGCCCUGUGGCUUUCUCCGAUUGAUCUUUUCCAAGAAACAUUAGGGAGGGAGGGAGGGAGGGGGGGGGGGAGAGAGAGAGGGAGGGAGGCCGGAAAUCAAGAGGAGGGUGUGGAGAGCAGAGGGUCCUUUUACUUGGAAGUCGUUCCUUUCUUUUUCCCUCUCUCUGACAUGCGUCUGGAAUGUUUUGAGCAAAAAGUAUGCAGUGUUGCUACACUAAAGACCGCUUUCCCGCUUAGUUUGGACUUCACCCGUGGAAGCUUCUUGAAUAUUUUGAAAUAUAAAACCCACAGCACCGGAAAGCUGCUGCCGCUGCUGCUGCUGCUGUGGUCUUGGCUUUAAACGCGUUGUUAUUCCCUUUGUGUUGAAAUGAUUUCCAAGAACCGAGCAAUCACAUUAACUCGAGCAGCUGCGGGGAUGUUUCAGCACUGAUUGCAAAAGUAGUUACCGACCACAAGCUUCGCCAAAACAAGUGCAAGAAGAGGGGGCUGGACUCCACUCAAUGUUACUUUAGGGGUCAGUUCACCCAAAUGCCCAAACACUUCCCUCUUGCUUCAGGAUCCAGGAUCAGUGUAGGCUGUGUUGGAAACAUCCCUGAGGUCUCUGUUGCCAUCCCUUUCACAAUGGAGCUGAAUGGAAUAAGGUUUCUGGUGCUUGGAAAAACAAACAUCCAUUUAGUUGUUCUUGUCUUUGCUUUUUGACUGAAGUUAUAGUCCCUCUGAAAACUGUUGACCACAUUUUCUAUAGGAUAUCCAGUAACAGGUUUUAAAUGUGUUUCAAAAUUACUUCUGAGGUACGCUGCUCUCUAGAAAUCCAACAAAAGAUCUGCAAACUGCUUUUUAACUUUGCAAAAUUGAGUGCUUUUAAUCAAAUCUGCAGAUAUUUUUACAAACAUUGUACUGGGGUGGAGGCAAGCAUCUCCAACAUGGUCAAAUCAAACACAAACAUCUGUGGUCUUGAUGCCUGAGGACAUUUGGGUGAACAAACUCCAUAUGUAAAAUUCUUCCACUAAGACCUUAAACCUUCCCUUUCUUUGUUUAUAGCUUGUUUUAUUGGGUCAAUCAACUGGGCGGGGUCCACUCCAACUCAGCGAAGAAACCCCAUCACAUCACGCAGCGCUUAGAGGCAGUGAUGUGGAGAAAAACAUAUGUAAGGAUGACUGGGCAACUCUUGUAAACAUGUCACGCUUUUCCUGGCAAGAUAGCGGAGUGUGUUUGUCAGUCGGGACUCGACAGAUUGUUGGCUGCAGGUCCGGUCUACGAGUCCAUAUGUUGAGAAAUAAAUAGAUCAAAGUCAGAGUAAGACAGAUGGAUGCGAAGAAAAGUCGGCCGUGCAAAACAACGAGGAGUCGAUGCUUUUAUUUGUGUGUGUGAAACUACACUAUGUGGCCAAAAGUAUGUGGAUUGUGGAGUUUCAGAGGAUGUUUCGGUUGCUUGGCCUUUCAGAUUAGGAAAAACUGUGUAUUCCUUCUGAUAACGGUUUGUGCUGCUGCAGGUCGGACCUCUUCAGCUCCCUUUCAGUCCGAGUGCAUUUGAAGUUCCCCCAGAAGUGUUUCUGAAGUUAAUGUACAUUAAGUUGUUUUGAAGCAUCUUUAGACUUUCUUAAUACCUCUAAAUGUUGUGACUAAAGAGGAAAGAGUUUCAGGUGCUAUUUGUUUAGAGUUUUAGUAAUGCUUUAACCUUUUGGAAGUUGCUGGUACUUGUCAGGAUGAGUUCUUGAAAUAACCAAGAGACUAUAACAGUAUUUCCAUUUGUACGUCCAGGAAUUUUAAGCAACAUUUUAGGUAAAUGUUGGCUUCGUCAGACCUUAUUUCGCCAGGGUGUUUUCAUACCCUAUUACGCCAAACGUUUAUCCACUUUGAGCGGGAAAACCAAAGCAAACUUUGUCCGUUUCUGCUGUUUCCAUACAGCCUUUCUUACGUUAAUGAACCCACGCUGAGUUGUAGAGAAGCGGCACUUUUUGCUCAUUUGCAGAGCGAGUAAGCGCCCUGUCCAAAAAGUCAAACAUUCCCUUUGAGACUCAACAGCUUCUGCUCCGCUUCAUCAGGAUGGUGUGGUGGGGGUUUCACUGACAGCGUCUCAAACACCCGACAGCGGUUAUCAGAAUCUGAGGAUCUUUUCCCCCAUUUUAACCCACAGAAAAAGAUGUGGAAUAACUUGGCAGAAAACACAGCAUCGCUCGUACAACACAUGUCUUCAAGGCCUUACAGCGCACUCUGUGGUCGAGGUUUGGGGAGGGUCUUUUCCUGCUUCAGCCUGACGAUGCCCCCCCGGCUAAAGAAAGACCCAGAGAGAAAUGGACUUGAGCCUGGCCUGCAGAGAGCGCUGACCGUGUAGAAAAGUGAGAGACGGCAAAUCUCCAAUAUCUCACCUAAGCCUUCAGAAGCGUAGCAGACUAACACUCAUGAGCGGGGCUGUGAUCCAGGUGUCCACACACUGAAUUCAGAGCGGUGUUUAUUCCCUUUGAUGUGUGUGCAUGCAGUGGUGGAAAAGGUAUUCUUCAUUGGAAGUACGACUAGGAAAAGGUACUGAGAGUAUUAAGAGCAAAAGUACUCGUCGCAGUAAAACAACCUCAAUGAAUGAUCAAUUAUUUUAAAGCAAACGGUGCAAAUCUUCAUUAUUUAAGAAGCCAAUUGAUUAUCAGUCAACCCACUCAUGGUAUAGGUACUCAAAUACAAAGUUGGAUGGUUUAAUAUUCACAAAGUAAUCACAUUUUAAACGUUUGGAUUGAGUACUGUGUUGAAUUUGAUGAGUAAGUACUAAAUAAACCUGCAAAAUAAAUGUAAAAAGUACAAAAUUGACUUUCAAAAUGUAGUAGAAGUAUUUUAAAUGCACUUAGUUAUCCCUCACCCCCCCCCCCCGCCACCCCCCCUGUGUGCAUGUGUGUGGUCCGCUGUGUAACCCAACCUGCAGUCCUGAGAAACAUGGCGUCCAUUAACGGGUCGACCUUAACCUGAGAGAGAGAGGGAGAAGGUGACGGGGCAAGAGAGAAGGCAACUGAAGGGGAAGCGGGGGAGAGAGAGAGAGAGCCUCCAGAGGGGGUUGAAUUCCCCACAAUCAGAAACAGGAGACAGAGAUUCCCACGUUUAUCGUCUCUACCCUUUUCUCUUUUUGUUUUGCACUUUUGUGAAGUCAAUCUGUGUCUUUGUGUUUCUGGUUCCUCUGUUUUUCUAUUUAACUUUUUUUAUUUGGGGGGGGGGUUAACUUUAUCCACUUGGCAGCUUGAUAUUUAAUAUCUUUUUAAGGCACUGUGUGUGUGUGUGUGUGUGUGUGUGUGUGUGUGUGUGUGUGACUCCGCCUCCUCACGGAUCUCUUUUACCUCCUUUGUUUUCCUGUGGCGGCCAUCUUUGUUUGUAACUGUUGUGUUUACUGACAGCAUGUUUUCAUCGGGACUCUAACAGCACGACAUGAAUUUGUUUAAUUCCUUUUCCCACACAUGGCUUUUGAAUAUGCAGAUAACACACACACACACACACACACACACACACACACACACACACACACACACACACACACACACACACACACACACACACACACACACACACACACAGUGCAGCCUCUGUGUCACUGUGGUGGGAUAGUAGCCGUGAAACAGUCAGACUACUGUAUCGCUCGUUUGUGUCCUCGCUAUAAAGGCUCGCCAUUGUGCGACCCAAAAACAUUUUUGUGUCGUCACUCAGCCGCUCAGAACCGGUUUCGGCCGGAGCUCCGACCCCUGCAGAAAAUAAAACGUCCAUUUAAUGUGUGUCUGUCGAAAACGGUGCUGGGUUUACGCUUUCUGUUCUGGGUUUCUUGUAUCACUGUUCAUUUCUCUCUCCAAACAGACACAGGAAAGAUGUUGUUCACAGCUCUUGGUUUGAGUUGCAUGCUGAAAUGCAGGAAAUACUUCUGCUUGUAAACUAUGAAUUGCACCUUAUUGGAGGGACGUGUUUUAUUUGAAUAUGUUUGUGGGAUUUUUCUGUUUGUUUUUGAUCUGGUAUGUAACAGGGUUAUGAUUUGUUGUGCUUAUUAAUGCAGGUUUCAUUAUUAUUGAUCUGUGUUGUUGUGGGACGGCUUCAUUAAGCAGCAUCAGGAAAUAAGUCUGGACAGAAUAUAGAACACCUUUGUGCAGAGUCCUCACAUUUAAGCAGGCUCAUAUUCCAUCCUAAAUAAGAUUUUAUUCAAGAGGAAGCUACAAGCUACCUGGAACUACACAUCUCUGAGAAUUAUAAGACCCAUUACAAACGAACUGACAACAAAACCAAAAACAGCUUAAAUCAUUUCUGCUGCUUAUUGGAGCCUUAACCACACACACACACACACACACACACACACACACACACACACACACACACACACACACACACACACACACACACACACACACACACACACUGUCCUCUUUCAUAUCACACUCCUUCCGUCCAUCUUGUCCUUGACAGAAGACAACAGACUGACCAACAACAGACGCCAUGUUGCUUGGACACACACACACACACACACACACACACACCAACACAAACAACACAACAAUAUGGCCUUGGCAGAUGACUGGCACCCAGCUUCCCCGAGGCAGAGCGCUGUCUUCAGCCAAUUAACCAACGAGGGCCGGUUGCCAGGUCCAUAUCCCUCUAAUCCUCCCACCCGGGUGCCAGAUUUAGCUGUCCGCUCUGUUGUGUUAUAAAUAAAAACAGGGUUUACAAUGUGAGAGACAGACUCAUCAAGAAGGCGAGCAGGUUUACUCUGCUAAAGAGCGGUGCAGGGCUGACGUAUUCCUGUGUUGGACCCUGAAGGCAGCAUGCCUCUGGUCCAAUGGGAUUUCUCCGUGUGAUUUUGGAAAAUUUCUGAAAAUAAUCUCUGUGUCAAACAAACUUUUAUGAUACUUACACGUAGGGUAAUCUCCAUUUAUUAACACCACUUUCUGAUUUCUGAAGUAAAAAGCUAAUGUUGUGCUAUAAAGGAACUACAGCACGGUCACAUGACUUCAUGUCUCCUCCACUAAGCUAAAGACGGCUAAUGUUGGGCUAUAAAGGAACUACAGCACGGUCACAUGACUUCAUGUCUCCUCCACUAAGCUAAAGGCGGCUAAUGUUGGGCUAUAAAAGAACUACAGCACGGUCACAUGACUUCACGUCUCCUCCACUAAGCUAAAGACGGCUAAUGUUGGGCUAUAAAGGAACUACAGCACGGUCACAUGACUUCACGUCUCCACCGCUAAGCUAAAGGCGGCUAAUGUUGGGCUAUAAAGGAACUACAGUACGGUCACAUGACUUCAGGUCCCCACCGCUAAGCUAAAGGACGCUAACUUUCGAACAAAACAUGAUAACAUCUUCGGCUUGCGUUAAUCACAGACCUUAUUUCCUGCAAACAGCAAACACACAUUUAGUAAACCAUUGACCUCCAGACCAGGGGACAUGAAGAUCUAAAAUGCUGACUCGUUCCCGGGUUUCGAAACUCAUUCCUGCACCACUGUAGUUGAUCUUGUCUAGCGCCUGUGAAUCCACACACAUUGAAGAGCUGUCAGAAGUGCACAACAUGUUGAUGACAUCAUACAACAACACAACCUGUUCCCCUGCCUCCCCCCACCCCAUGCACUGAUGAUGAUUGUAUAUGGUCACAUAGUUUUAUUUUUUAUAUCAUUUUUGGGGCUUUUAGUUUGGUUUUUCAUUGAUUAUUUUGUGCUUUUAUUUUGAAAUGGGUCUCCUGAUCUGUAAUCAGGCGAGAGAGAGAGAGAGUGUGUUGUAGCUUUCUGAAUGUGUAUAUGUGUGUGUGUGUGAGACAGAACAGAGAGAGAGAGAGGGUGUGUUCAGUGCACAUCAGCCCUUCAUCAUUGUGCCAGUGUUUUCAGACGUUCCCUCGCUCUGCAUCCAGGGAGGAAGAGGAGGAAGAGGAGGACAUUUACCCUCACGAGGGGGAGGGAUGAAAAACACAAACGAGACAAGGAACUUUUGAAGAAAGGAUAUUUUUCUCCUCCGCGGGGUCACAAAGAAGACUGUACAUUUCUCAGUUAAUGAAAAUGAUGAGUAAAGACUCUUUGUCCUCUAUAUGAAUGGCUGUAUGUUAACCAUGAACAAAGUAAUGAGUUCUACCACAAAGACAUAUAAUAAAUUAAUUUUAAAAUUUUA